GUUUUAUGCUGGGCUUAGGAUUGUGCAAAUAAUAAUGUUUACAGCAGAUAGGCGAAUACAGAUAGGCAGCACAGUAGCUAGCAUAUUUAUGGAUGCGGUAGCAUUGAGAGAUAAAAAAGGGCUUUCGGGUAGUUUCAGCUAUAAAGAUAACGUACGGAGCGGUCCACGGCAUUUAUAAGGCAUGAGUACGGCUUCCAGCUACUUCAAUUAAAAAUCUGAAGAUGUUGCAGCUCCUACGCAUUGGGCUUUUUGCUCUCCUGGCCACGCUACUGGCGCCAGCGGCAAUUGUGGAGGCCACCUGCGGGCUGUGUUACGGCUCGCACACCUGCACCAGCAACACCACCUUUCAGCUGUGCUAUAAUGGCGUCCCAUAUCCGGAGCAUAGCUUCUCCUGUCCGGAGGACAACCCGAUUUGCACGGAAUUUGGCGAUAUUUGCAUGGGUCAGGACUUACUUCCCGCCUGCGGGGAUACAUCCAAGUGUGAACAGUGCAGCAAUGGUGAAAUGUACGCCUGCGCCUCCCGCACCACCUUCGGCAGAUGCGAUGACGGCGUGCUGCUGCCCGAGCGCAGUCCCUGCCCCACAGACUGGUUCUGCAGCGUCUCUGGAGCAGCGAUAGGAGAUCCCUGUGUUUCAAGAUGCGAACCGGACAGCCAAGACACGUGUGAUAAGGUCGAGAACGAGUCGGGCACUACGCCAACACCUGAUCCGAGCACUGAGUCUAGCCCAACUGCAGCCACUACUGGUCAGAGCACCGCUGCUAGCCCAACCACUGACAGCAGUAGCAGCAGCAGCAGCAGUAGCAGCAGCAGCAGCAGCAGUAGCAGUAGCAGCAGUAGCAGUAGCAGCAGCUCCGCGACAACAGCUACACCACAAUUUGAUGCGGAUGAAUACUGUCGCGGCAUUCAGAAAGCCGGUCGCUUUGCCAAACCGAGUGACACAGAAUGCACCAGCUUCAUCAGUUGCUUUUACAGGGGCGGCGUCUGGCAGGCAAACAUAGUCGCUUGUCCGACAGAAAAACCUUACUUCAAUGCGGUCUCCGCUUGCGGCACGGUAAGGCCAACCACUGCGGGUUGCAAUUGACUUAAUUGUAACUCUUAUUUGAUUAUAUAAUUGCUUACAAACGUAUCUUUUAAAUAAACUUUGGCUUGUUCUAUUAGCUAUAAU